ACUAUUGCUUUUGGUCCAUGGAUGAAUCUAACACUACAAAAUAUGCGGGUCAAGAAGUGGUUUUCAAGUGCCUUGGGGAAGGAAUUCUUGAAAAAGCCUUUCAAGGGUAUAAUGCUUGUAUUUUUGCCUAUGGACAAACAGGUUCAGGAAAAUCCUUCUCCAUGAUGGGCCAUGCUGAGCAGCUGGGCCUUAUUCCAAGGCUCUGCUGUGCUUUGUUUAAAAGGAUCUCUUCAGAGCAAAAUGAGUCACAGACCUUUAAAGUCGAAGUCUCCUAUAUGGAAAUUUAUAAUGAGAAAGUUCGGGAUCUUUUAGACCCCAAAGGGAGUAGACAGUCUCUUAAAGUUCGAGAGCAUAAAGUUUUGGGACCGUAUGUAGAUGGUUUAUCUCAGCUGGCUGUCACUAGUUUUGAGGAUAUUGAGUCAUUGAUGUCUGAGGGAAAUAAGUCUCGAACGGUAGCUGCAACCAACAUGAAUGAAGAAAGCAGCCGCUCCCAUGCCGUGUUCAACAUCAUCAUCACACAGACGCUCUAUGACCUGCAGUCUGGGAACUCGGGAGAGAAAGUCAGUAAGGUCAGCUUGGUAGACCUGGCGGGUAGCGAAAGAGUAUCUAAAACAGGAGCUGCGGGAGAGCGACUGAAAGAAGGCAGCAACAUUAACAAGUCACUUACAACUUUAGGGUUGGUUAUAUCAUCACUGGCUGACCAGGCAGCUGGCAAGGGUAAAAACAAAUUUGUGCCUUAUCGAGAUUCAGUACUCACUUGGCUUCUUAAGGACAAUUUGGGGGGCAACAGCCAGACCUCUAUGAUAGCCACCAUUAGCCCAGCAGCAGACAACUAUGAAGAGACCCUCUCCACAUUAAGAUAUGCAGAUCGAGCCAAAAGGAUUGUGAACCAUGCUGUUGUGAAUGAGGACCCUAACGCAAAAGUCAUCCGAGAACUGCGGGAGGAAGUAGAGAAACUGAGAGAGCAGCUUUCACAGGCUGAGGCCAUGAAGGCUCCUGAACUGAAGGAGAAGCUUGAAGAAUCUGAAAAGCUGAUAAAAGAACUAACAGUGACUUGGGAAGAGAAGCUGAGGAAAACAGAAGAGAUUGCACAGGAGAGACAACGACAACUUGAAAGCAUGGGGAUUUCCCUGGAGACAUCUGGUAUCAAGGUGGGGGAUGACAAAUGCUACUUAGUCAACCUGAACGCAGACCCAGCUCUCAAUGAACUUCUGGUCUAUUAUUUAAAGGAUCAUACCAGGGUGGGUGCAGAUACCUCUCAGGAUAUCCAGCUCUUUGGCAUAGGUAUUCAGUCUGAGCACUGUGAGAUCGACAUUGCAUCUGAUGGAGAUGUCACUCUUACUCCGAAGGAAAAUGCAAGGUCCUGUGUAAAUGGCACCCUGGUGUGCAGUACCACCCAGCUGUGGCAUGGCGAUAGAAUCCUGUGGGGAAAUAACCACUUUUUUAGAAUUAAUUUACCUAAGAGGAAACGUCGAGAUUGGUUGAAAGACUUUGAAAAAGAAACGGGUCCUCCAGAGCAUGACCUGGAUGCAGCCAGCGAGGCUUCCUCAGAACCGGACUAUAACUAUGAGUUUGCACAGAUGGAAGUUAUCAUGAAAACGCUGAAUAGCAAUGACCCAGUUCAAAAUGUGGUUCAGGUCCUGGAGAAACAAUACCUAGAAGAAAAAAGGAGUGCCCUGGAGGAGCAGCGGCUCAUGUAUGAGCGGGAGCUGGAGCAACUCCGCCAGCAGCUCUCCCCCGAGAGGCAGCCACAGAGCAGUGGCCCUGAUCGCCUGGCCUACAGCAGCCAGACAGCUCAGCAGAAGGUGACCCAGUGGGCAGAGGAGAGGGAUGAACUCUUCAGGCAAAGCCUGGCAAAACUGCGGGAGCAGCUAGUUAAAGCUAAUACCCUGGUGAGAGAGGCAAACUUCUUAGCUGAGGAGAUGAGCAAACUCACUGAUUACCAAGUGACUCUUCAGAUCCCUGCUGCAAACCUCAGUGCCAAUAGAAAGAGGGGUGCAAUAGUGAGUGAGCCAGCCAUUCAAGUGAGGAGGAAAGGAAAGAGUACCCAAGUGUGGACCAUUGAGAAGCUGGAGAAUAAAUUAAUUGAUAUGAGAGACCUUUAUCAAGAAUGGAAGGAAAAAGUUCCAGAGGCAAAGAGACUGUACGGGAAACGAGGUGACCCAUUCUACGAAGCCCAAGAGAAUCACAACCUAAUCGGCGUGGCUAAUGUGUUCUUGGAAUGCCUCUUCUGUGACGUGAAACUUCAGUAUGCAGUCCCAAUCAUCAGCCAGCAGGGGGAGGUUGCAGGGCGUCUUCAUGUGGAAGUGAUGCGCAUCACAGGAGCUGUUCCAGAGCGUGUGGUGGAAGAUGACUCUUCAGAGAACUCCAGUGAAAGUGGGAGCCUUGAAGUCGUAGACAGCAGCGGGGAAAUCAUUCACCGAGUCAAAAAACUGACGUGCCGGGUAAAAAUUAAAGAGGCAACUGGACUGCCCUUAAGCCUUUCGAAUUUCGUCUUCUGUCAGUACACAUUCUGGGACCAGUGUGAGUCUACAGUGGCUGCCCCAGUGGUGGACCCCGAGGUGCCCUCACCACAGUCCAAGGAUACUCAGUAUACAGUGACCUUCUCUCACUGUAAGGACUAUGUGGUGAAUGUAACAGAAGAAUUCCUGGAGUUCAUUUCAGAUGGAGCACUGGCAAUUGAAGUAUGGGGCCACCGGUGUGCUGGAAAUGGGAGCUCCAUUUGGGAGGUCGAUUCUCUUCAUGCUAAGACAAGAACACUGCAUGACAGGUGGAAUGAAGUAACUCGAAGAAUAGAAAUGUGGAUCUCCAUAUUAGAAUUGAAUGAGCUAGGGGAAUAUGCUGCAGUCGAACUUCAUCAGGCAAAAGAUGUCAACACAGGAGGCAUCUUUCAACUCAGACAGGGUCAUUCCCGUAGAGUGCAAGUCACAGUAAAGCCUGUCCAGCAUUCAGGGACACUGCCACUUAUGGUCGAAGCUAUCUUGUCAGUGUCCAUUGGCUGUGUAACUGCCAGGUCCACCAAACUCCAAAGAGGGCUGGACAGUUACCAGGAAGAAGACUUAAACUGUGUAAGAGAGAGGUGGUCAGAUGCACUCAUUAAACGACGAGAAUACUUAGAUGAACAGAUUAAAAAAGUCAGCAAUAAAAAAGAGAAAACAGAGGACGAUGUGGAGCGGGAAGCCCGGCUUGUGGAGCAGUGGGUGGGACUGACUGAGGAGAGGAACGCCGUUCUGGUGCCAGCUCCAGGCAGCGGGAUUCCAGGGGCACCUGCCGACUGGAUCCCACCUCCUGGAAUGGAAACCCACAUACCAGUUCUCUUCCUUGAUUUGAAUGUGGGCUUUGCUCCCGACCCCAGUAAUUUUGAUGCCAGAAGUGAUCACACUCACAGUGAUGAUGAGGUUUCAGCCACAGCCUCUUGGGAUUCCUCAGUGCAUGAUUCUGUUCACUUGAAUAGGGUCACACCACAGAAUGAAAGGAUUUACCUAAUUGUGAAGACCACAGUCCAACUCAGCCGCCCGGCUGCUAUGGAGUUAGUAUUACGAAAACGGAUUGCAGCCAAUAUUUACAACAAACAGAGUUUCACACAGAGUUUGAAGAGGAGAAUAUCAUUGAAAAAUAUAUUUUAUUCCUGUGGUGUAACCUAUGAAAUAGUAUCCAAUAUACCAAAGGCAACCGAGGAGAUCGAGGACCGGGAAACGCUGGCUCUCCUGGCAGCAAGGAGUGAGAAUGAGGGCACGUGGGACGGGGAGACGUACAUUGAGAAGUACACUCGCGGCGUACUGCAGGUGGAGAACAUUCUGAGUCUUGAACGGCUCCGGCAGGCUGUCACAGUCAAAGAAGCACUUUCCACCAAAGCUCGGCAUAUUCGGAGGAGUCUCAGUACGCCCAAUGUUCAUAAUGUCUCCUCUAGUCGACCAGACCUUUCUGGCUUUGAUGAAGAUGAUAAGGGUUGGCCAGAGAACCAGCUAGACGUGUCUGACUACAGCUCCAGUUACCAAGAUGUAGCAUGUUAUGGAACUUUACCCAGGGAUUCACCUAGAAGGAGUAAAGAAGGUUGUACAUCAGAGAAUUCUCAUGCCUUAACAGUCAGCCCUUUUAAAGCAUUCUCUCCUCAGCCACCAAAGUUUUUCAAACCCCUUAUGCCUGUAAAAGAGGAACAUAAGAAAAGGAUAGCUCUUGAAGCAAGGCCUCUUCUAAGCCAGGAGAGCAUGCCUCCACCUCAGGCACAUAACCCUGGCUGCAUUGUACCCCCAGGAAGCAAUGGCAGCAGCAUGCCAGUAGAACACAAUAGCAAACGUGAGAAGAAGAUUGACUCCGAGGAGGAGGAAAAUGAGCUGGAAGCUAUUAGCAGGAAGUUGAUAAGUUCACAGCCUUAUGUACCUGUGGAGUUUGCUGAUUUCAGUGUUUACAAUGCCAGCUUGGAGAACAGGGAAUGGUUUUCUUCUAAAGUAGACCUGACAAACUCACGGGUCUUGGAGAAAGAAGUGUCCCGGAGCCCUACCACCAGCAGUAUUACCAGCGGCUACUUUUCCCACAGUGCCUCCAAUGCCACUCUGUCUGACAUGGUGGUCCCUUCUAGCGACAGCUCAGAUCAGCUCACCAUUCAGACGAAGGAUGCAGACUUCAGUGAGCAUUCUGGACCAUCGCUUGUACGUGACUUCAGACUGUCCUCAAACAAAGAGUUGACAGAAGUAGAAAGAGGCUUGGUAAAGGAUAAAAUCCACAUGGUGCCACUCAAGGAAAACAGUGCCUUAGCCAAAGGGAGCCCAUCAUCCCAGAGCAUUGCUGAGAAUAACUCCAAAAUGCUGUGCAGGACUGGCUCAUGUUCAGAACUAAAUGCCUGCCCCAGCAAAAAUGGCCAUCCAGCCAGGGAGUUCUACCCCAGGGAGGUGACUGUGGAGCACACCACAAACAUCCUUGAGGACCAUUCUUUCACAGAGUUCAUGGGUGUGUCAGAUGGAAAAGAUUUUGAUGGUUUGACAGGUUCUUCUUCUGGAGAGCGUUCAAACAGGAGGAACCUACCAAAUAAAACAGACAGUAAGAAUGUCUCAGAUGGGCUGCAAGACCCUGGCCAGCUGCAUUCCGAGUUAGAGAAUGAUCAGGUAAUAAUUCCAGAGACAGCCCCUUGGGUUCUGUGCUAUCGGUGAACACAGCUAAUAAUGCACCAAUCCCCAGAGGCCCUUCACCACAGUGACGUAGCAGGAAAGAUUCAUUUGGGUAUGUUUAACAGGGAAGAUGGGCACACUGGAAGCAAGUUUACAUCCUGCCCAGCUGAUGUAGGGAGCAAAUCUACUUUGGGAACCAGAGUGGAACCUUGCAAUAUAGAGGACCAGUGGAUUUUUUACCUGGCAUGUGGGUGAUGUUGAAUUAAGUGUUCAGAUGGAUAAGGAUCAGUCAAUCUCACGUUCAUUCCUUGAGAUGUUUAGUUACCGGCUAUACCAAAGUGUUCUGGCAGCAUCUACCACAUUUCAUUAAAUCUGUGAUUCCUUUGAUUAUUAGAUACCCCAUGAUUUUAUGUAUCAUUAAGAAACAAAAAAUACUGCCAAUUAAACUAUACCAUAUCAGCAAUU